AAAAAUUACAUCAGUGCAAAGUGAUUGCCUUUUAGCCUGCAGAGCCGAUUUUUAAUUUUUUGGAGGGAAUGACAUGAGGUCAUGGGAUAAUGUAUAUAAUCACUGAUCACAGCAUGAGGAGGAGCAAGUUGGAGGAUCCAGACAACAGAAGCCAAGAAGGAAGACUGCGGUCUCUUGCCAAUCAUGCAUAAGCUGGCCUCCUGCUGUUUGCUCUUCAUUGGGUGCUUACACCCUCUCUUGUCUCUUCCUGUCCCUGACUCCAGGAAAGAGGCCCUGCUGCUCUCUGCACCUGAUGGAGAGGCAAGAUCAGCUUUGGAUGACCUUGAAAGAGCUUCCCUCAGGCAGGCGCUGUGGGAGAAGGUCAGUGCAGAGACUGGUGAUGGUCUUAGGAAAGCCGAUCUCAGGACCAACAUUUUUAACCCAAGGGGAAGUAUGAGAAAGUUUCAGGCUUUUUCUCAAGAAGCUCCUAACAUUUCACUGGGUCAUAUUUUGGCCACAAUCAGGAAACAAUCUCAGAAACGUGGACCUCCCUCUGAAUGCUUCUGGAAAUAUUGUGUCUGAAGGAAAA